AGAUAAAUAUUUUUUAACAUAAAAGUGUUUCUCAAUUCUGAUCGUGUUAUGUGAACGGAACCUAUAUCCUUUGUACGCUGUAAUGACUACUCUGUAUAUUAAGUAGUUAACAUUUCAUAGUAAAAGUUUGAAACUGAUAAGGAUAAUAAAACUGCAGAAGUUAAGUUCCAGCGUUGGUGACGUCAGCAGCAUUGAAAAUCUGUUGUGGCUCAUCUUCUGGCUAUUGAUGUUUUUGUUUCCCUAACAUUUGGUUGCCUAUUGGAUUUCUCUUUUCUGCGUUAUAUAACGAUUCACUACUGCUCGAGGUCCCGUUAAGCAAUAUAAAACAAGAAUAUGGGUAACCCAAUCUGGUUUAUUUUCUGGCUUUUAGUAUUAAUUUUCAUAUCAUUCUGGGUUGCAUUUAUUGCUGCUUGGUUCUAUAUUUUCGUGUAUGUGUUAGUGGUGUGUUGUUCGGGCUUAUCGGGUCUUACUGAUAUGUUGUUGCAAAUCGUUCAAUUUCCUCAUUACUGUGCACAGGCAAUGAUGGAUUGCCAAUCACCAUUUUAAUACAAUUUAAUAUAUAUAUGUAUAUAUACAA